CCCCUCCCGCCGCCGUCACGCGCUGGCCGUCUGGGUCCAGCCUGUUGCUGAUGCUGCGGCGCUGUAUUCACCAUGGAGCUCGCGUGGCGAGUGUGUCCGAUCCCACUGUGUCUGCUGUUGCAGUCGCUCCUCCUGGGCCUCAGUGCAGGAGCUGCCAUCGACUGGCCCGCACAAGAAGGCAAGGAAGCAUGGGAUUAUGUGACCGUCCGAAAAGAUGCCCACAUGUUCUGGUGGCUCUAUUAUGCCACCAACCCUUGCAAGAACUUUUCAGAACUGCCCCUGGUCAUGUGGCUUCAGGGUGGUCCAGGCGGUUCCAGCACUGGAUUUGGAAACUUUGAGGAAAUCGGGCCUCUUGACACCCAUCUCAAGCCACGGAAUACCACCUGGCUACAGUCAGCCAGUCUCCUGUUUGUGGAUAACCCCGUGGGCACUGGCUUCAGUUACGUGAACACAACUGAUGCCUAUGCAAAGGAUCUGGACACAGUAGCUUCGGACAUGAUGGUUCUCCUGAAAUCCUUCUUUGAUUGCCAUAAAGAAUUCCAGACGGUUCCUUUCUACAUUUUCUCAGAAUCCUAUGGAGGGAAAAUGGCUGCUGGCAUCAGUCUAGAACUUCACAAGGCUGUUCAGCAAGGGACCAUCAAGUGCAACUUUUCCGGCGUGGCCUUGGGUGACUCCUGGAUCUCCCCUGUGGACUCAGUGCUGUCCUGGGGACCUUACCUGUACAGCAUGUCUCUCCUUGAUGACAAAGGCUUGGCCGAGGUGUCCAACAUUGCAGAGCAAGUCCUCGAUGCUGUAAACAAGGGCUUCUACAAGGAGGCUACUCAGCUGUGGGGGAAAGCAGAAACCGUCAUUGAAAAGAACACAGACGGGGUAAACUUCUAUAACAUCUUAACAAAAAGCACUCCCGAGACCUCUAUGGAAUCGAGCCUUGAGUUCCUGCGGAGCCCCUUAGUUCGUCUUUGUCAGCGUCACGUGAGAAAUCUACAAGGAGACACCUUAAGUCAACUCAUGAAUGGCCCCAUCAGAAAGAAGCUCAAAAUUAUCCCUGAGGACUGCUCCUGGGGAGCCCAGUCACCUUACGUCUUCAUAAGCAUGGAGGGUGACUUCAUGAAGCCUGUCAUCCACAUUGUGGAUGAGUUGCUGGAAGCUGGGGUCAAUGUGACUGUGUAUAAUGGACAGCUGGAUCUCAUUGUGGACACCAUGGGUCAGGAGGCCUGGCUGCGGAAGCUGAAGUGGUCAUAUCUGUCCAAAUUCAACCAGCUGAAAUGGAAGGCCCUGUACAGCGACCCUAAGUCUUUGGAAACGUCUGCUUUCGUUAAGUCUUACAAGAACCUAGCCUUCUACUGGAUCCUAAGGGCGGGUCACAUGGUUCCUGCUGACCAAGGGGAAAUGGCUCUGAAGAUGAUGAGGCUGGUGACUCAGCAGGAGUAGGACACCUGAGCUGAACUGAGCUGAGCUGGCUGGGCCUGGAAACCCUGGAUCAGAGCCUAGGAUGUUGGUGCUAAUGUCACAGGCUCUUCCUUGACUCUCCCGCGGGUUGUGACUAUGAGGGCUCCUGCCAUCUCCUAUACAUUGGAAGACUGUAGCUUCUAUGUCAGCUUAGAAGUCAGCUCUACUUUGUAAAGAAUAUUCAAAACCAGACUCAUUUCAUCAAAAAUGAAGGACUGUAAUGGAUCGGCCUCUUAUUACAAAAGCAAACGAUAACAUAUGUGAAUUCCAGCACUUGAGAGGUAGAAGCAAAAAGAUCAGAAGUUCUAGCUCAUCCUCCGCUGCACUGCAAGUUCGAAGCCAGCCUGCACUCGAGAGACACAAAGAAAUCAUAAGCACCCACUGAACUGCCAACUCAGUGUCUACACCUGUAGGUCUUUUAUUUGCUACAUAUACCUAUAUAUUUUUACAAAAAUGGAAUCCGUACCCUAUGCUAUUUUGCUUUCUAUUUUGUUCACAGAAUCAACACAACCUGCACUUCUUUCCUGUCAAUAAAGUGCUGUGAUAUUUUUAA